GUUGCAAUGUCUAGACUCUAGAGAGGAGCGAAGAAGACCAGGACGAACCAUCUGCCUUGCUCUUUACCAGCUUCAUCAUUAAUGUGGAAGAAACACAAAGCAGUAUGUUCAAUUACAAUAGCUCAAAAUCAGAUUCGUACAUACGCUUUUCGACAUUGAUAAGCUAUUCUUAGGUUAAGCUUACAACAAUUUAACAACCCUUGAUUAAAGGGUUGGGCAUCUAUUGGGACCAUGCCUCGUAAAGGGAAUUUCGGACUUGAUUACGAUGAUGAAGACUAUGAUGCCUAUGAAGAUUAUGAUUAUGACGAUGAUUUGGGAACACAAACUAAUGUAGGUAAAGAACCUGAGCCAAAGCAGGAAAGUGUAAAGCGUAAUAUUUGGCGUUGUUCCAUUUGUACAUAUGAUAAUGAAGAGAGUUUGACUGAGUGUGACAUUUGUGGGGUUCUUCGCAAACCUAUGGGUGGAGUUGGAAGUGAUAUUGAGAAGAAAACAGUUGAAGGUAGAUGCAAAGAUUCUGGAGUAUCCGUAAUGGCCAAGUGUCUUUUUGCAUUGUUGCCGCGCAAGAUAACCCAAAAGGCUGUAUCAUUUCAUCAGCAGAAAGAUGAUUUUCUGAUAGAAGAGGGAAAUAAGUUCUACAGGCUUGGGGAUAUCCAAGGACCCAUUCAUGAAUUCCAAAACGCUUUUAUUAUUCAUAAGAAUGAUAAUAUUAAUAUAGCUCCGUUCAAGUUUGAUGUUCCAUCCCCAGAUGAUGUGGUUUCUAACGGAUUACGAUCCUCCAAAGUGGGUUCAAAAUCCAGUGUUGGUGACUUGCAAUUUUCAGGAGAUUCCUCAAAGGCUGUUAAGAAGAGUAGUGAAGUUAGUGCACAAUCAAGUGCUGGAUCAUCUACUGCAGCACAGAAAAAUCAACAACCUAGAUUAGAUAAGGGAAUUCCAUCAGGAAAUAGGGCAACUAGACAAUUCAAUGGUAAUUUGUCGGAAAGUUCAUCUUUGCAGCCAACAAGCUCUCAUAUGGAAGAGGGCAUUAGCUCUUUAGUAAUUGGAGCCAAGCCAGAGAGUCUGACUUCUAGCUCUAGUAAUGUUUCUUCCGAUGCCAGGUCUGGGCAUUCUAAAAUUACUAACUCUAGAGGAUCGCAUUCAAAAGCAGACUAUAAACCUGAAAAAUGGAUGCUUCCUGACGAAGCUGUUGACACAUUGACUCAACUGAAUCUGGCAGUUGUCGGACAUGUUGAUUCUGGAAAAUCGACACUCUCGGGUAGACUGCUUCACCUUUUGGGACGGGUAUCUAAAAAAGACAUGCACAAAUAUGAGAAAGAGUCAAAGUCACAGGGCAAGGGAUCAUUUGCCUAUGCUUGGGCAUUGGAUGAGAGUGCAGAAGAAAGAGAAAGAGGAAUAACUAUGAAUGUGGCUGUUGCAUAUUUUGAUUCCAGAAAGUAUCACAUUGUUGUGCUCGAUUCCCCUGGCCAUAAAGACUUUGUUCCAAACAUGAUAUCUGGAGCAACACAAGCUGAUGCUGCAAUACUUCUUGUAGAUGCUUCAUUUGGUGCAUUCGAAGCUGGUAUAAAGGGACAGACUAUGGAGCAUGCACAACUUAUCAGAAGUUUUGGCGUUGAUCAAAUUAUAGUUGCAGUUAACAAGAUGGAUGUUGUUGAAUACUCCAAGGAUCGGUUUGAUGAAAUCAAACAGACUCUCGGAACAUUUAUCCAUUCCCGUGGUUUCAAAGAUUCUUCAGUGUAUUGGGUCCCGUUGAGUGUCAUGGAAAAUCAAAAUUUGGUAUCAGCACCUUCUGAUGCUCGUUUGUUGUCUUGGUAUUGUGGACCUUCUCUGUUGGAUUCAAUUGAUUCCCUUCAACCUCCCAUUAGAGAUUUUCAAAGGCCACUGCUCAUGCCAAUAUGUGAUGUCAUCAGAUCUACUUCUCUAGGACAGGUGUCUGCUUGUGGUAAAUUGGAAGCAGGAGCUCUUCGAAGUGGAUCAAAGGUUCUGGUUAUGCCUUCGGGAGAAGUAGGGACUGUCCGCUCUUUAGAACGGGACUCUCAGGCAUGUUCCAUUGCAAGAGCUGGUGACAAUGUGGGUGUCACUCUGCAAGGAAUUGAUGGUGGUCAUGUGAUGGCAGGGGGCGUGCUCUGUCACCCCGGUUUUCCUGUUGCAUUUGCAAAACAUUUGGAAUUGAAAGUUCUUCUUUUGGAUAUUGCCACCCCUAUUUUAAUUGGCUCUCAAGUGGAAUUCCAUAUACACCACGCGAAGGAGGCUGCAAGAGUGGUAAAAAUAUUGUCAUUAUUAGAUUCAAAGGGCAAAGUGACGAAAAAGUCUCCCCGCUGUCUUCUUGCAAAGCAGAGGGCUGUUAUAGAGGUAAUUUUGCAAGGGCCAGUUUGUGUGGACGAGUAUACAAAUUCUAAAGCCCUAGGUAGUGUAUCUCUAAGGGCAUCUGGAAACACUGUGGCCCUCGGCGUUGUAAGCCGGAUUAUAAAGGAGCAAGAGUAGUCCGAGCAGAGUUACAGUUGUCAUGAGAGAAGAAUGGAACCAAUUGUUCAUGUACACUAGUGAUCGCCGGGAUGGGUUAGUUCAGUUUUGCCGAGUGUUUUGUUUUGGGGCUGAUUGUUGUAUGUACAUUAAACAGUUCUGGAUCAUCUACACGAUGUUCACCAUUUCAAGUGGUUCGUGACA